AUGAGCUUGCUGGGGGCCUAUAAAAAGAAGAGCAGUUAUGACGGUUACGAAUCUUUGCAGCUGGUCGAUAGCGGAGGGGAUAGCUUCGGGAUCGGCAGAGGCAGCAGCGGAGGCGGGGGCAGCGUUCUCGGGCUCGGAGGCUCCAUCGCGGCCACCCUAGGACCGAAAGCAACCCCGCUGAGAGAGGAGGACUGCAGCACCAUGGACAGCUCAGAUAUGGACGCCAACUACGGAGGGGGGCUGUUGGACAUGGUCAAAGGAGGAGCAGGGAAGUUCUUCAGUAACUUCAAGGACAACCUGAAGGACACUCUGAAGGACACGUCCACCAAGGUCAUGCACCAGGUCGCCACGUACACAAAAGGAGAGCUGGACAUCGCAUACAUCACAUCAAGGAUUAUAGUGAUGACAUACCCAGCCGAGUCAGUUCAGAUUGGCUACCAGAACCACGUGGAGGACAUCCGCUCCUUCCUGGACAGUCGCCAUGCCGACCACUACACCGUCUUCAACCUGUCACAGCGCAACUACCGCGGGGCCAAGUUCUCCAACAGGGUCUCCGAGUGUAACUGGCCCUCCAGACAGGCCCCCAGUCUGCACAACCUCUUCGCUGUCUGUAAAAACAUGCACAACUGGCUCAAACAAAACCCCAAGAAUGUGUGCGUCAUCACCUGCUCGGAUGGGCGUGCUCCUUCAGGUGUUCUGGUGUGUGCCAUGUUUUGCUUCUGUCACCUGUUCACCAGCCCCGUCCCAGCCAUGCAGCUGCUCAGUGCCAAGAGGCCCGGCUCUGGUCUCUGGCCCUCCCACCGCAGGUAUAUAGGCUAUGUGUGCAGCAUGGUGUCAGAGAAGCCCAGUCUCCCUCACUCCAAACCUCUCCUCAUCAAAGCGGUCUCCAUGAGUCCCGUCCCGUACUUCAACAAGCAACGCACCGGCUGCCGCCCAUUUUGUGACGUCCUCAUCGGGGAAACCAAGAUCUUCACCACAGCACAAGAGUAUGAGAAGAUGAGAGAGCACCGGGUCCAGGAGGGCAAAGUGGUGUUUAACCUUGGAGUGAGCGUACAGGGAGAUGUGGUGAUUGCGGUCUAUCACAUGAGGUCAACUAUAGGAGGACGUCUGCAGGCCAAGACGUCCAACACUCAGAUAUUCCAAAUUCAAUUCCACACUGGCUUCAUCGCUCCUGGCACCACUGUAUUAAAGUUUAACAAACCAGAGCUGGAUGCCUGUGACGCUCCAGAGAAGUACCCCCAGCUCUUCCAUGUAAUUCUGGACGUGGAGGUGGAGGGAGUGGACAAACAGAAGGACCUGACCCCGCCUUGGGAGCAAUUUCCCUGUAAAGACCUGAGCCCAAACGUGCUCUUCUCCUGCCACCAAGAACACCAAGACGCCCUGGCUAUAGCUGAGCCAAGUAGACCAAAAGGCAAAGGAGAGGAGAGUGAGCCCUCGGACGAUGAAAUGCUGUCUCUGUCCAGUCAGAGGAGCAGCACCAGCACAGCCCCCUCCUCCAAACUGGACCCCCCAGCCCCCGCCGAGCCUGCCCCCCCAGAGGACGUGGACCUUCUGGGGCUGGGAGGAGAGGACAUCAGUGCCCCCUGCUCCACAGCUCCACCCCCCUCCUCCACCUCUUCUUCUGCUGCAGCCGGGACCACAGACCUGCUCGGAGAUCUGUUCGGAGCCACCCCACAGCCCACCAGUGCCACCUCAUCUGCCCAGUCCACUCCGCACAGGGCACCCCCCAGCACUGCCUCGCCCUGCCCGUCGCCCGCACCAGCGUUUGACCCGUUUGGAGCGGGACCCAUGCCGAAGCCUCAGGACAUGAUGGGCUCUCUCUUAGGACCAGGUAACAUGGGGCAGCCUGACCCCUUUCUGCAUGCUGCUCGCUCUCCGUCGCCCACCCUGCAGCCCCCAGGUCAGGGCCGCAGUUCUCCGGUCCCCCCCACCACCCCCACAGUCAACAUACAGCAGCAGAACGCCAUGGGGGGCUGGGACUGGAACAGACCUGCCACUACAAGCACAGGAGGAGGAUUUGGCAUGGGCAGCCGGUCAGCCACCACCAGCCCCACCAGCUCCGUCCACAGCACCCCCACCCACCAGAACAAGCCCAAUACUCUGGACCCUUUCGCUGACAUCGGCAACCUGGGAGGAUCAGGCUUUUCCAGUAAACCCACCACCCCCACCGGCUCCACCCCGUCCUUCCCCCCCAUGGGCUCUCCGUCGCGCCCCCCUCCCUCACCACAGCACACCGGAGCCUGGCAGCCUCACACAGGAGCAGGGUUUCCGUCCUGGCAGCCCGGAGGCGGAGGAGCCGGAGCAGGGACUGGAUGGCAGCCACAAGCAGCAGGCACUGCCCCCCAGCCUAAACCCAGUCCAAGCCACGCCUCCAUGCCCCACACCUCGCCACAAAACAGACCCAACUACAACGUGUUCAUGGGUGGAGGGUCGCCCAGUGCAGCGGGCAAAGCACAGGCUAACAUGGGUGCGAAGCCCAAAGUGUCUGAAGCCAACUUUGAUGACCUGCUGUCUGGACAGGGCUUCGCAGGGACCAAAGAGAAGAAGGGCCCCAGGACAAUAGCAGAGAUGAGGAAGGAGGAGAUGGCCAAAGAGAUGGACCCGGAGAAAAUAAAGAUCUUGGACUGGAUUGAGGGCAAAGAGCGUAACAUUCGUGCUCUGCUGUCCACCAUGCACACGGUGCUGUGGGAGGGGGAGACGCGCUGGAAGCCUGUGGGCAUGGCCGACCUGGUCACUCCAGAGCAGGUCAAGAAGGUCUACAGAAAGGCCGUGCUUGUGGUGCACCCGGACAAGGCUACAGGACAGCCCUAUGAACAAUAUGCCAAGAUGAUUUUCAUGGAACUGAAUGACGCUUGGUCGGAAUUUGAAAGCCAAGGACAGAAACCUCUUUACUGAUGAGAUCCUCCUCCAGAAGUCUCAUCCAUUACAGCCACAACCCUGAAACAUCUGCCUUUAUAUGUUCCCCUGCUACAAACCAACUGGCUCUUGGACUACAGUGGACUACAGUGGACUACAGAAGGAAACAAUAGCAGCUAAAGUGGAUACAAAAACUGAUAUUGAAGACUAUAUAUAGCUCUAAAGUACUGUAGGUAUGUGUGCAACAACUACUUUCCUCCUUCAGUGUCCCAAAACUUGAACCCACCAAUCAGAGCAGAGAAUAUUGGGAUUCCUUGGUCAUGUGAUGCAUAAUUAAGGAAGUGAGUUGUUAACCAUAGCUUUUAACAGUGAUCAAAACAGUCAUAGGCGUUUCAUUUGUAAUAUUUUUUGUCAGCAAGAUAGGUCCAAAUGAAACAAACAAACAAGAUUUCCUGUUCCUGUCCAGAUAAUUACAUAAAAUCCAUUGAAAAGGAUUUUUAUAUAAAGGGUUUGAAAGUAUGUAGAUUCAUUUAUGGAAUUGCAAGUGUCUUACAAAUAAAUUGUAGUAUUAGGCGUCUUUAAAUAGGCUAUGAUGAGAAAAUUAAGGGAAAAUAUUGGGUCAGAUUCUGAUAAAACUCAUUUGACAGUGUCUGAGUGGUACUUCUGGUAAAAAAAUAAAUAACUUCUAGGGUUUAUUAUAUACACUAAAUUGCAAAUUAGGGAUUAUCUUCAAGCAUAGGCGGUAUAAAGAAGUGCGAUGUCACCCACAGCGUUCGGAUCCAGUCAAAUGAAGCUCAUCGAGGGUUGCAGUUAGAAUUUGGAGCAGAGUUCCAUUUUAGGAAUAAGAAUUUAGAAAAGAAAUAAGAAAAUUAAAUAUAUACAAUAAAAACACCAGGGUCAUGUAGAGCGGGUUAAUAUGAAGAUUUUAAGACUAAAAUGACAAGGCUCACUGCAGCAGUUACACAGAGAGGAGUGACAAUUUUUCAGUCAAUUGGAGCCAAGUCGAUGGAGCCGGAAGCUUCACCACAUUCAUUUCCUAUUUGGAACGUGACAGCUAGAGGGUUUUGUAUGUCCAUUUAUAUAUACAGUCUAUGUUUUCUGAUACAAACUGAAGUAAAAUACCAUUGAAUUUUCAGGCCUUACAACUUAUAUUAAUGAUAAACUCUUUACGCAUUUGUCAACUUGGCCUAUCUUGUGCGUUAUUCAUUCUUUGGAGUUUAUCUUUAUGUUUAGUUAGCAGCCAAACAGCACAGUAUACAACUACAUAAUAACAAGUGACCAACUCUAUGAAAGCACAUCACAGCUUUGACAGAAAUUAAUUUAUUUUAACUUAUUUUUGUCUGCAUCUGAACUACUGUUUUUAGUUUCUGUACUUGAAUGAAAUGUGGAAAUGUCAUGUGUGAUCAUAACAAUGCUUCCAACACUAAAAUACAGAUUUAUUCACAUGUUUUCAACAUAUCAUCAAUGCAAUAAUCAUUUGUAAAUUGCGAAAUAUUAUAAGAAAGCUGUAAGAGAUUAUCAUGUAUUUUUAAUUUCUGGCAUUUCAAUUGUAGUUGUUUUUUUUUUUUUUCAAUAUCUCACGACUACACUGACACUUUGUUUAUUAUUUAUUAUUAAUUUAAAUCUUUUUUUUUUAAAUCAGUAACACAAAUAAUAUCAUGUAAUGUUAUAAGGUUAUGGCGACCAGUGACUUGAAUUCACAAUGUAGGAUUACUAACCGAACUGACUGUCUGAUUUUAUUAUGAUUUAAUAUUAAGCAUAGCAGUGUUUUUAUAUCCGUAGGUUUCAGAAUGAUGACUGUUAGGACCGUUACCAUAGUGAUUAACAAUUUAAAAUGAAAUAUUUUAUCUUUUGAAUGGGGAAAAAAGUCAGGGAAAAAAUUGCAUACAACAGAAAACUGAAACCUAUGCAUAUCAAUCUGGCAUGAAGGGCUAGUAAUGAACAUAGUGUAUUUCAAAUGUAUUGCACUGUGUAACUUUUUGGAUAGGGGUCUGUUAGCUGCUCGUUUCUAUGGAUACGUCAUUGCUCUGCCUGGAAUGUUCCACAGUAUGACAUUAAACAGAUCUACCUUAUAUUUAUUCAGUUACAGGUGGUUUUAAAGCUCAAAAAAUGCUUAGAAAAACGCAUUCUGACUUUGAGCUCCACAGAUCUGACCUGUAACUUGGUCUGGUUUAGUCUCUGUAAAAAUAGAUAGACUUAAUGUUAUACUGUGAAACAUUCCAGACAAAGCAAUAACAUCUGCACAGAGAAAAGCCUUUGGCGAACACCUCCACCAGAAAAGUUACAGUGCACCUUUAAAUAUUAUCAGCCUAUAGAAUGCUGCAAUAUUUGAGGCCCAGUUUUAACUUUUAUCACUUUAUUUACGUUUUUAGAGCAAUACAUUUCAUCAUAUUGUCUUUCUGACUGACAUUGUUUGGUUACUGUAUGGAAAUAUGAACCAGGAAAGACCAUGUUAACAAUCUCUGCCCCCUCCUCUCCCCUCUCUUUCUCUGAUCUUACUGCUAAGUUAGCCUCUAUAGUAUAAGGUAGUCCCAGGGUGUGAGUCGAUUGUAUGGGCGGGGAUCCCAGUUAGGAGGGUCCUCUGUACUGUCUGUUAUGUGUUUGCCUGUCUGCUGUUCAAGUAUUACUAAAAUAAUGUGUAAAAUGUGUUCCUUUCAGUUCUGUUUACAGGAUGUACAUAUGAACAAGUGCAGUGCACACGAAUAAAAGGGAAACAGGAAAUGCGUUUGAGCUGGUUUGUAGUGAAGUGUUUUGACCACUAGAGGGCAGUAUUAGACUAUAAUUUACAAUCAAAUUAUAACUGCACUUGAUAUUUUGGGUAGUAGUAGUAUAAAUAUGGUUAGAACUUAUCUUAAUGCAAAAUAAACACAAAAUAUACAUCUUAAGAAAGCCUUUAAAAAGAGGUCAUUUAAUAUUCAUUGCUCAUAUUACGCUCUGAUCUAUGUUUACCAGGAUUUGUGUUUUAUUUUAUUCACACGUGUUUAACGAGUUCGAUUCUCACACAGAAAACACUGUUCCACCUUGUGAUGUCACGUGGUUAUACAGGAAGUGCUCCACCGUUUUAAACUCCAUGCGCCUUCACUUGAUGAUCAUUUGGAUGAUUUCAGCCCCUGGAAUUACCAAUCUCUACUGAACAUGACUACCACUUCAUGAACAGAGCAUUUUAAGCUUCGGAGCUUUGCAGACAGC